UUGCCUCUUGCAAGUUGCAUUUGUACAAAAUGUCCCACCCUCUGUGAAGACACUUCAUUUUAGAGUUUGUUAACUCAUGAACCACACUAAAGAUGGUGGUGUCACUGUUUUGUUUUUUCUUGAUUGAUCCUUCUUCUUGCAAACCACGCAUUAGAAACCAGGUGGACCUCACCCCACCAUUAGGAUGUUCUGGCUAUUCCUCCUGGGUUUGUCAUCACGUGGCCAUGUUGCUGAUGGUUGUUGCUAUUAACUGUAGUCAGGGCCAUCCACCUGAAACUGAUCCACCCAAACUCAUGGAUCAGGUCGCACACUUGAAAUAUUUAAACGAAAGUAUUCUCCAGACUCUGACAGAGUUUGAUGAGCAGAGAGAGUCAGAGAUCCAGCAGAACUCAGGACAGAAGGGCAGCUGGAAACAUGAAAUCACUGGUCAUCGCAAGAAGCUGCUUGAAGAAGCCGGGCCCACUGCCAUCUCACCUUGGCAGCCCCAUUUUGUGCAUCGAAGACCCCGUGAGACAAUGAGCCUCAUGGAGAAGCUCUGGCAGAAGAGCAAGCCAUUUGCAUCUUGGAGAGACCAGAGACCAGAUGGUGCCCAUUCUCCACAUGUGCCAUGUCCUCAUGGCUGCAUCUGCAAUAGCACUGCUGUCAACUGCUCAGGGGUGGACCUCCGUGAAGUGCCCCCAGCCUCCAGCUGCCCCAGCUCCAUCCUGCUGCUAGACCUCUCCAGGAAUCGAAUUACAGAUCUGAAGGCUGAACAGCUGGAGGCUUUCAAGAACCUCACGAUGCUUGACGUAAGCCACAAUGAGAUCUCCACCAUUAAAGAAGGAAUCUUUGGAAAACUGCCAAAUCUACAAUUGCUGAGACUGGGGGCCAACAGCUACAGCUGUGACUGCUCCAUGUCCUGGCUGACGAAGUGGAUUGAAGAGCACGGCACAGUGGUGAAGGACAAAGAGAAAAUGAUGUGCGUCUCCGGGAUACCAGUCGCUGUCCUCGACGUCCCUGCUGUCCCCUGCGCGGACAGCUUUGUCUCCUGUGUAUCACGACGGCCUCAGAUCGCCGAUGCUGUGCUGCUCUUCUCGCACCUGGAGCCUCGGGUUCACACCAGGCGCUCCUGUAAUGCCGUGUGCUAUCAGCGCAGCCACUCACACUUCCUGCUGCACUCCGGUGACUUCUGCUUGUGCGGAUCGCUUCCCCUCCAGGCCUCACGGUGGGCUGAAGCGGGCCUCUGCUGGGAGGUCUGCUCCAACGCUGACCGGGUGGAGGUGUGCGGACGAAGAGUGCUUCACAACGCUUUGCCGGUUCAGGUGACCCUCAAUGUGUCCAUCCUCAAACACUACAGCCUCUACCAGCUGGUGAUGGCGAGCGCCGACACAGACAUCCAAGACACAGUGUACCAGUGGGACUUCGGAGACGGCUCUGUGCCAUACAACACCAGUGCCCGGCAGGUCUUCCACAAGUAUGGCCUGCCUGGCACCUACACUGUUACCGUCUUGGCUUUUACCCACUUGAGCCUGCUGUCUGAGAGCCGUGACGUCACAGUGUCCAUGCCAGUGGGGCAGCUCGGGCUGCAGUGCCCGCGGCUUAUUGCCGAAGGUCAAACCGUGGAGAUUUCGCUGCAUGUCCAGAAAGGCACGGAGCUUUCGGCAGAGGUGGACAUCAAAGACAGAGAUGGGCAGAAGGUCCUAGCUGCUGAUCUGGCCUGCCCCACCGGGGGGCGUGUGCACUUGACUAACCUGCGCUGCUAUUGGCUGAGCCCAACACAGGACAGCUGGUCAGAUGCCAGGCAUAUAUGCCAAGGUACCCCAGGGGCAGACCUACUGAUAGUGGGUAACGCCAACAUCCAGAGCUUCAUCCUCCAGAACUUUCUAGAGGCUGGCAGCGUGUGGAUCGGGCUGAGCGAAGACAGUCAGGACGUCCUGCGUUGGGUGGAUGGCAGCCGUCCCGACUCCUUCAUCAACUGGGGACCCGCUGCGGAUGCCAGACACGGCUGCAUACUCAUGGACAUGAGCUCUGGUGGCCUCUGGACAGGUGACGACUGCGGGCAGGAGAACUUCUUCAUCUGCGAGAAAUCUGUGCAAGGGCUGCUUCUUCCCAACGUGGAGACCUUCCUCACCGGUGUCCCCAUCAUGACUGGAAGUUACCCUCAGAGCAACAUUUCUCUCGCCUCAAGUCCAUUGAACCCAUCAUCAGGAACGUUCCAGUUGAUGGUGUUUCCUGGCCUCUGGUUCAGUCACACCGGGCAGGUUGUGUCCAUCGAGUUUGUGGCCGAGCCACUGAAGCAAAGGACUGACACCCGUUUUCAGGUCCUGCGUCCCUACUGCAGCCCAAGCCAGCACCUCGUCCCACCAGGGUGUGAAUUUCUGCAGAACCCGUUUGCUUGCUGCUCUUCUGUGCCCCUCUGCAACACCACGGGCGGCUGUCCCAGCGGGCAGCAGUGGUGUCACCUGCGUGAAAGCUGCCUGCCAGUGUCGAGCCCCUGCAGUUCUUAUGCCUUUGAGAACGUCUCUUCAAAUGUGCCACCCAUGAUCAAGCCACCACGCCACAUCGGUCUGCAGCCAUUCUACUUUCUGGUGAAAGAUCUUACAGUCCAAGUGCCCCCCAGCUCGGAGCCCACCCACUAUAAUAUCCAUCUGGCCGAGGAGGAGAUCCACGUGUAUCCCGAUGACAUUGUAGCUAUUCAGCACACCUCAGCUGAUGGCCCACCCAUGAGAUGUCAAAAGAGCCAGGACUCACCCUGGAGGCAAAGCUACAUGACGCUCUCUGGGUCAUCCUGGUGGGAGAAUGGGCUCACGGUGAUCCCAGCCCAGCCAUCUUGGGUGGAUGAGGUCAUCUGCGACCUGAGGGUCCUGUACUCCGAGAGACCCCGCAGCUUCACCCUCAGUCCUACAGCGAGCACAGGUCUGUCAGCUUCAAGCUCUUAUGCCAUAUCUGUGACAGUCGGCAAUGCGGUGAGCAGCGCCACCUCGGGUUGCACAAUGGAAGUGCGCACAAGCAUCUCUGGGCUUCAGAUGAUCUACCCUCGGCCCGUCGGGGGGAAGAUCCACCUCACUGUCAACCAGUCCGCUCUGAUAGUCAUCAAAAUCCUGUCGGGGGCCAAUGCCACGAGUACCUGGUCAUACCCGGUGCAGAGGGCUGGCGUACAGUUCCAGCCGUCCUGCCCACCCAGCAUCCUGAACCUCGCGCCGGGCUGUAAGCGGGACACCACUGACACCUGGUUCUCUUUCGCUUGGGUCAGUCUGCUGGCAUCGUCCUCGCACGUGCUCCACAUUUCAGUUUCCAAUGAGGUCAGCUCCCAGAACCUUUCAGUGACACUUGAGUCCCACGAGGAGAUCGCUGGGCUUGAGGUGUCCCCUUCUGGAAUGCAGCGGCUGUUGGUGGAUGUGCCACAGACGUUCGCAGCUCACGUUUCCGGUGGCUCUUCAGUCGUCUACUCCUGGAUCAUCGACAAUCAGACCGCAUUCACAUACACUGGGCAGAUGUACACCGUUGUGUUUAACAGGCCUGCAGUGUACAACCUAAAGGUUCUGGCUGAGAAUCCGGUGAGCUCCAUGUUCCUGGAGGUGCGGCUGGAGGCUGAUUUCAUGAAUCCACUAGCAGACCCACAGUUUGUCUCCCUGGCAGAGGUCAUGGAAGCAAACGUCCCCCAGGAGAUGUCCUUCCAAGUCAAAGUUGACAUGUCCAUUGGUAUCACUGUGAGGUGGGAUUUUGGUGAUGGAAACCCACCAGAAGACCACUCCAUAAUGGCACCAUACGAGCCGUCUCUGCUGCAGCCUGAUCCCAAUGUUGAGCAGGUUUAUGUGUUGGACUUGGCAAACCACACGUACACUCAGCCCGGUGACUACACUGUGCAGGUGGAAGUCUUCAAUUCUUACAACAAGACAGGAAGGAGUGCCCCGGUUCAAGUGCGCACACCGUUGACCGCACUCAAUCUUUCAGUGACGCCGUUUUAUCCUCAGCUCAACCAGAGUGUAACAUUGCAGGCGUUGCCUACCCCCUCCACCUAUGGGGUCCAGUACAGUUGGAAUUUUGGUGAUGGGUCACCAUUGGCUGUCGGACCAGAGUCCGCUGUGCAGCAUAUCUUCCACAGUCACGGACUGUAUAACAUAACCUUGAUGGCUACCAAUGCUCUCAAUGAAGUGACUACAUGGCAGCUUGUAGAAGCAGAAGAACCGAUCACAGGCCUCUGGGUGACUUACGAUGGGCCCACCGAACUGGGAUUGCCUACCGUGCUAAAUGGAUCUGUUUCUACUGGCACCGGCGUAACGUGGACAUUUGAUUUGGGAAAUGGCCAAGUCUAUGCCAGGCUGUCUGAAAAUUCCUUUUCUUUUAUCUAUGAAGAGGUGGGGAACUACACAGCAAACGUCACCGUUAGAAAUCAAGUCAGUGAAGCGUUUCAGGCCAUCACCGUAGAGGUGUACGAGCUGAGGAUCCUGGGGGUUCUUCCUUCUGGCUGUGUUGUAACCAAUCAAGCUGUCCUUUUCGAGGCUGUAAUUUCCAGGAUGAAAGCCGACUUGAGGUUCAUCUGGAGUUUCGGUGACGGAAGUUUGCCAAGUGAAGCGGAGGGCAGCUCCAGCACCACCCACACGUAUUACAAACCAGGGAGCUACCUCAUGCAGGUGACCGUGUUCAGACUGGCAAUGUCGGCAUCGGUGGAGACCAGUGUCUGUGUGGAAGAUGCGAUUGCAUUUUUAAACCUGAGACCAUCCAACCCAGCAGUGGCAACCGGUGAAGAAAUUUGUUUCACCGUCGAAAUCAUCCCAAAACCCGACGAUGAGCAUCAUUAUGAGUUCCUGUGGGAUUUCAGCAUGAACCAAGAUUCACCGCUGAGCGGCCUAGAUAACUACUGCUAUGUCUUCCACCAGGAUGGAACCCACCACGUCACAGUAACCGCGAAAAAUAAUGUGAGCUCUAGCAUCGCUAAGGGCGUAGUACUUGCUCAGUCACCAGUGGGAGAAGUUCUUCUCAACGUGGACAAUGAAGGAACCGGAGCUGUAGCUGUCAACAAGACCCACCUUUACAUGGCUGACACUGUUUCAGGCAGUGAUGUCACCUUUCAAUGGAAAUUUGGUGAUGGAUCUCCUGUGCAGCAAGGCCAAAACCUCUCUUACGCUUACAAGUCUAUCGGACAGUUUGUCAUCCUCGUAACUGCCUGGAAUGCAAUUAGCAAGAAGGAGGCCACUCUCAAAAUGUCCGUCGUGGUUCCUAUCAAGGAGGUGAUUCUAAGCACAAGCCAUAGCCUUGUAGAAGUGGGCCAGCCAAUCACAAUCAUGGCGAAAGUGGACAGCCAGGCCAAUUUGAGUUUCUUUUGGCAAGUGGACCCGUCGGACUCUACCGUGGAAGGUCCCUCUACUCUCAAGCAUGUGUUCCAGCUCCCUGGGGUCUACAACAUAACGGUGUGGGCCAAGAAUACGGUCAGCAAAGCGCAGGCCACGGUCACUGUGGAGGUGUUUGAGAGAAUCAGUGGAUUGGAGAUCCUCAGCUCGGAUCUGAUUGAGGGAAGGUUUAUCACCGUGGACAAUGAAGUUCUGUUGAAGGCUCAGAUUUCCUGUGGCUCCAAGGUCACAUUUGAAUGGACAAUUACUCACGGCGGAAACAACACGCUCCGAAGUCAAGGGGACUUCUACCGACAUGUUGCCGAUAAAGCAGAAGAUGUCCUUGUGAAGCUGAAAGCCCAAAACCCUUUGCACAGCGUGAUUAAGAUCAUCGAGUUGAGGGCAGUCGAGCUGGUGGCUGGGGUGAAGGUUUCAACUGUGCUAGACAGCGUGGAAAUGGGGGUGCCUGUGGACAUCUCCGUCAGCGUUGCUUCCGGGACUGACCUUCAGUACACCUGGUAUGUCGAAGAUGACCAACCUCCGGUCACGACUAACAUCUCCUACCUUACCCAUGCUUACAGGUCCACAGGUUUGGUACUCAUCAACGUGACCGUUAGCAAUGUGCUAGGCUUCAGUGUUGGCUCAACGGAGCUCCAUGUGCAAGAAGCCGUCUCCGGCCUGGAUUUUCAGAUUCCUGGUUCCUUGUAUCCAUUUUAUGUUGAAACUAACACCUCCAUCAAGCUCCAUGGAUAUGCAGCCAAGGGGACUGACUUGCGCUGGGAGUGGUUUGUAUAUGGAGACGGUCCUCCAGUUUGUCUCCUGGGACAGGAAGCAAACUUUUCUUUCCAGGAAGCAUCCACAUACCAGGUCUCUCUAAACGUAUCAAAUGACGUGAGCUGGGAGGAAGUUUCACACAACGUGGUUGCACAGGAUGCUAUCUAUGGGUUGACCGUAUCCGCCAAUCAGUCUGUGGUGUGUGCUGGGGAGCCCGUUCUUUUUACUUUGAACACCCUUCGCGGAACUGACAUUCGCUACUCUUUGCAAUUCCCGUCAUUUACCAUCGCUUUAGAGCGCUCCGAGAACACCUUCGAAACGUCAGCCUUAUCUCCAGGGUAUCACAUGGUGGUAGCCAAAGCUGAAAACAAUGUGAGCGUUCAACAGGAGCAGACCGAGCUUAAAGUGGUGGAGAAGAUCUCAGGCCUUCAGAUCGCCAACUGCUGCUCUCAGGUGCUCGAAGCGAAUAAAGAGGUCCUCUUCCAUGCCCAGGUGACCAACGGCUCCCACCUGAGCUAUCAGUGGUGUUUUCAGAUGUUGGGAUACCCCGAUUUUAAAGCUGUGGGACAAAACGUCGUCUACGCUGCUCCAAACGACGGCACCUUAGUAGUCACUGUGGUGGCCACGAAUGACUUCUGCUCUAUGUCUUUGAACAAGUCCAUGAAGGUCCAGUCGCUGGUUCUGCAGGCGGAGCUGUACACGGACAUGACUGACACUUUCACCGACCAAGCUGUCACAUUCUGGGUCCUCCCAAGGAGAGACGGUGACCUUUAUUACCAGUGGAAUUUCGGUGAUUCUGGAAAGGUUGUCAUCAGCCAGAAUGAUACCGCCACUUACUCAUAUCGAGCACCGGGCACGUUCCAAGUCAAAGUUAAGGUCUUCAACAACAUCAGCUCUUUUAUUGUCACAAGGGCCAUCAACGUGCAAAGGCUGCAGUGUGGCGUUCCCAAAGUUCAGCUCAUCCAGAAGCAGACAACCAUCCUCAAGUCCCGGUCCAACUACUUUGAAGCCAGUCUUGAUCUGCAGGGCUGCACCGCCUACAGGGCCACUUAUCUCUGGGAGGCCUUUCAAAACCCCGACUGCCAGAAUAAUCAGAUCUCGCUGGGCGGUGUCGACGUUAGUACCCCGUUGUUCAUCCUUCCUAAGCUGAGCCUGGAUUUAGGUGCCUACUGCUUGAAGUUCACGGCCACACUCCAGGGCACCCCACUGCAGAGCCAGGACAGCCUGAAUAUCACUGUGGUGCAGAGCCCCCUGGUGGCGCUGAUUAAAGGGGGCUCUCAGAGAGUCUGGUCAGUCAAGCAAGACCUCCUUUUGGAUGGCACAGACUCGUACGACCCUGAUGUGAGAGCCGGAGAAGACCUCAGUCUCGUUUAUCACUGGGAAUGUGUCAUUCAGGAAAGACAGCAGGACAAUCCAAAGAUGGCGCCUUUCUCUCCCUGCUUGUCCUUCAGCCUGACUAACACCAGUUUGCUCCUCAUCCCGAGUGCGUUGCUCGUCCACCAGGCCGCCUAUGUGUUCACCUUGACCAUCUUCAAGCCCAGGAAACAAGCUGCCUCCAGCUCUCAGACGGUGACAACGUUGGCUGGCAAAGUUCUACCGGUGACCAUAGAGUGUCACUCCUGCAAUGUCCUGUCCAGUUACAGCGUGAGUCAGAGCAUCCAAGUUACCCUUUCAGGAAAGUGCAUUGAUUGCAGCAACACGUCCCUGUACCAGUGGAAGGUCGAGAGCUCAGACAGUGAGCUGCUGGUGUUGGACAACAGCACCACAACCACGGGGCCUUUUGUCCCUGACCUGGUGAUCCUGCAGGGCGUGCUUCGCGAUGGCGUGAACUACACGUUCACGUUGACUGUCCAGGACCGUGUCUAUGACCAGAGAGGUUUUGCCAGCAUCACUCUCGUUUCCAAUUACCCACCCAAUGGAGGAACCUGCACUCUGGAGCCAGACAGCAUCAUCUACCUCCUGGAGACGCCGGUCACAUACCUCUGCACGGGAUGGACCGAUGAAGAUGACCCUCUCGCACAGCUGAUUUUUACCCUGGUAGCUGAGAUCUGCCAGGAAGAUCCCUGGGCUUGCCAGACCUUCAUGCUGUACCGUGGAACGAAUCCGACCUUCACAACUCUGGUACCGCUGGGAUCUGCGGCUGACGAGUCCACCAUCAACAUAGUGAUUCAUGUGGAGGACUACCUGGGGUCCAGAACCGUCGCCCUCAAUAGGACCCUGACUGUGUCGCUACCCCUGCUACUGUCUGGCUUUCAGGACUUGACCGACUGGUUGAAUAACAAGAGCCAAUCAGAAUUAUGGGGUGUGGUCCAGCAAGGGAACCCCCAGGAAGUCAUCCCAUACUCAAUUGCUCUCAUUAGUGCUCUCAAUAAGAAAACCAGCAUGACCAAAGAUGACCUUGGGAAACGGAUUUCUAUCCGCAGUAACAUCACCAAAGCUCUCACCUCACUGAACAUCUCCACGGAGCAGGACGUCACCCAGCUCAGCGCUGCUCUCGCUCAAUGUGUGGUUUUUCCCAGUGAGUUUGUAUGUGAUGAAUGUCAGCGGAAGACCUUAGAAGUAACAAAAAAAAUGAUCUCAAUUCUUGGGGACAAUAUGAAAGUUGGAGGUGUCACUCCGACUAGUACUGGAACAAGCAUUCUUCAGAUACUGGGUGGCUCCAUGGCUGCGGUCAACUUCAGCUCCAGCAAUCAGUCAUCCAGUAGUAUUUCUGAGCACACCAUCACGGCCUACAUGUUGACAGGAACGCUCAUGAAGACCUUAAUGCGCUCCCGAGUGUGCGGAGAAGGAGCCCUCAGCAUCCAGGUCCCUAAAAUGAAGGUGACGGGCCAGCAGACGUCUCCAGCCAACAUCCUCUGCACCAAGCAUUUCAGCUCUUGUCAUUUCUACAUCCCCCAGGGGCUCAGCCACCACUUACAGAAUGCUGGAGCGCUGCAGAUCCUCAUGACUAUGGACAUUAACUUGUUUUCGUCCAGCAACAACCACAGCAUUUCUACAAGCCUGGCUGCGAUGGAGUUUGCCACUCUUGAUGGUCAGAGCCUCCCCAUCGCCAAUCUUUCCAGUGAAGACGCCAUUCAGGUGAAGCUCAGCAGACAAAGUCCACUUGAGAACAGAAGCACAACCAUGGAGAUCCCACCUCGGCGGUCUGUCAACUUCACAAUAGGAGCUGUGAACAGUGAUCCCCAUGCCGGCCUGUACAUAUCCUUUAACUUCACCCUUCAAGCCUCGUCCAAGGAGAGCAACGGGUCUCUGGCCAUCUUCAUCGAUGAUAGUCCUGGAGCCUGCAAAUCCCAGAACGUCUUCGUGGUGGAGAUUUCGGUUUCAUCUCGAAUGCCCGUGGAGCACACCGUCUUCUUCUCGCCUCUGACCAAUGAUACGACAAAGGUGUACUACGUGAACGUGAGCAGCCAUCUUAUGGAGGCACAUGUCCAGGCCUCUGUGUGCGUCUUCACCUCUCUCUGCCACUUCUUUGACUUGACGGAGAAGCGUUGGAGCAGCACCGGGCUUCAGCCCAUGGCGGCCGCCAGCCCCUCCAAGGCCCACUGCCUCACCCAGCACCUCACCCUCUUCGGGGCCAGCCUCUUUGUCUUUCCGGAUGCGGUUAUCUUCCUUCCACCGGCUGACGUCCCGGCGAGAAACAAUGUGGUGGCGAUUACCUGUGCCAUCAUCUGGACAAUCUACCUUGCCGUGCUGCUGAUUGCCCACAAGCUGGAUGACAUCGACAUCACUCACGUUGGAGUCGUACCUCUGUGUGGACAGCCUGGACGGUACCGUUACCAGGUGAUGGUCAAGACCGGGUGGACAAAAGGUUCAGGCACGUCUGCCCAUGUUGGCAUAAGCCUCUACGGCCUAAACAAGAGUGGCUCGCGGCAUCUGGACAAAGAAGGAGCCUUUCAGAGGAACAGCCUUGACGUCUUCCAGAUAGAGACGGACGCCAACCUGGGAGAGAUCUGGAAAAUACGCGUCUGGCAUGACAACACAGGGAUGGACCCCUCCUGGUAUCUGCAGUACGUCAUUGUGUGGGACAGACAGACAGACAACAUGUACUUCUUUCUGGUAGACGACUGGCUCUCUGUGGAGAAUGAGAAGAAUGAAGGCCUGGUGGAAAAGGAAGUUCUGGCUGCUUGUCCUCAAGAACUAUGCAUGUUCAACAGGAUUUUCUGUGCCCAGCUGGUACGGGGCAUCUCGGAUCGCCACAUUUGGGUGUCAGUGUGGGAUCGGCCCCCGAGAAGUCGCUUCACACGGGUUCAGAGGGUGACGUGCUGCAACGUCUUGCUGUUCCUCUACCUUGGAGCUGGCGCCGUGUGGUAUGGAGCUGUGGGCGAGAAAGGAACAAGAGAUCCUGUCUCAGCCCGGGUGCUGGUGAAUGCCGAGUCCAUUGCUGUGGGAAUGACGGUCGCCAUACUCGCUCUUCCAGUUUACCUGUUUCUGUGUUUCCUGUUCAGGAGGACACGGAGCAAGGUGACGGUUGAGGAUUCUGAGCUUUCGCCAGCGGAGCCCCAGACAGUGGAGAUGGAGGUGUACCUGGAGCACUCAGAACUGGGCAGCUCAUCCUUCUUGUCUCUUCCUGGAGGACUUGACUCCAUCAUGGAUGGUAGCUCGGAUACACUGGCGUCGUUGGGCAGUAAGAAGCUGGAAUCCGGCCUUGGGAACGCAGCCAAGCAGGACAAUGAAAGCUUCGCCAAGCGCUGGCCGUCCUGCGACAGCAUCUUUGACAUCCCGGACCUUCUCUCCGGAGAGCCCGCUGCCAGUCGGAGCCACAUGCUCAAGAGGAAGAAAGCCCUCCUGAAGCUGGGCAUCGAGUCGCCGAGCGGCUCUGACGAUGACCCCCUGUCCUUUUCUUUGUCCGGGUCUGACGACACUCCGAGCUUCAGGCAGUGCCACCUCACCGUCUCGGAUGAAGACCUGAUGAGGGCCAUUGCAGCCGAGGAGAUGACGGACAGAGAAUCGUCUGGCCACGUGACCUCUGACAGUGGGAGAUUCUCUCCGCGCCUCGACACAGACUUCUCGGAUGUGUUGGAGAGUUCCUGCAGUGGAUGGUCGGACCUGAGUGACGAGAGGAAGAUGUACAAAAGGCAUCGGAGCAAAUCGCCCUCCUACAUCUCCGGAUUCUCCUCCGCCGCUAGUUUCCGUUCCAGUCCUGAGCUGAACCCUCACCCCACCUCGUCCUUCUCGUCUCGCAUAGGUGUACCCCGCAGGCCCCCAGCAUUUCUGUUACCCAACUGGGUCCUGGUUGCUGCCUACCUGCUGGCGCUGGGGGUGAUGGUUGGCGGCACCUCGGUCACUGUGCUGUAUGGGCUCACUUUCAACAGCUCUGUGGUCCUCCUGUGGAUGAUCUCCUCUUUCAGCGCAUUUCUCACGUCUGCUCUCUUGGUGGAACCAAUUAAGGUCGUUUUGGAAGCCCUCUUCCUGGCGCUCGUUCUGAAACCUGUGGACCCUGAUGACGGAGACACCCUGGUGGAGGAGCCACUCAUAAAGAAAGCGUUUGAGAGGAUCGGAAAAGUGAGGGCCCCUUAUGGAUACGCCUUGCUGCACGCCAAGGAGGAGGCCCGCAAAGUCCAAGCUCUGCACACACUUAUGAAGAAGUGUGUCAUUCACCUGCUCUUUUUGUUGGUGGUCCUACUUGUGAACUACCAGGGCGGCACACACGACAGCAGUGGGAGACAGCUGCACGCCACAGUCCGACGGACCCUCGUCUCAUCCGAACACGAAGACGUCGGCUUCGCCACAGUCAGGAGCACUGCCGACGUCUGGAGGUGGAUGGACGCCCUGCUAAUACCCCAUCUUUACAAGAACCCCGCUUUCAGCCUGCUCGGGGUGCCACGGCUCCGACAGCAGUGCUUUCAGAAUGGAUGUUACUUUGUGGGAGGCGAACAAAGUCACGGAAGGAAUAAAACAUUUAGCAGCAUGGACAUGCACAAUGGAACAAGUGAGAGACCACCGCGCUCAUCACCAGGAUCUGCAGGAUUCUGGUACUGGGGGCAAUUUGGAGUUUACAACGAUGGAGGGGAGUCUGUGGAGCUGGGAGAGAGCGACAAGGAAACUGAAGAAAUUCUGAUCCGCCUACAGAGAGCAUCAUGGAUAAACAGCAGGACCAAAGUGCUCUUCGUGGAGUUCUCACAAUACCAUCAGGACACCGGCCAGCUUGUGACUGUGACCAUGACGUUGGAGUGGCCUGAGUUCGGUCCACCGGCCUCAUCGGACAGCAUCCAGCUCCUGCAUAUUUACCAGUCUGGCUCUGUGCUAGACCUCCUCUACGCAUCUAUGGUGAUGCUUUUGGUCUUCGGUGUGUGCUUUCUGACAUCUGAAAUCUGGGCUGUCUACUGCGAAAGAGGAUGGUGCUUCCAACAGGGCAGGCGGUAUCUGCAGGUCCUCAUCAUCCUGCUGUCCCUUGGCGUCGCUGGCUUCUACUUUGCCUACAUUUCCUUCCUCAAGACUCAGCUGCAGUGUCACAGAAGCAAGCCGAAUGGCUUUACCGACUUCCGCAGAGUGGCCCUGCUCUUUGACGUCGCCUCCAGUCUCUCCGCCAUCCUGCUCACCAUUCUAACCCUAAAGAUUGCUCACCAGCUGAGGUUCGUGAGGAAGUGGUCAGUGUUCGGCAAGGCCGUCCAACAGGCCUGGUGGGAGCUCUUCAUGGCGAGCGUCCAGCUGCUCUUUCUUCUUGGAGUGUUUGCACAGAGCGGCUAUCUGCUCUUCUCCACCACACUGGAAGAAUUUCAGACAUUCGGCCAUACGUACCUGUGGCUUGUGUCCGUGUUACGAGGGAGAACUCAGCUGGGCACAAUGAUUCACAAACACCCGCUGUUUGGACCAUCGUACAUCUUGAGCUAUGUGGUCUGCGUCAUUUGGGUGUUCGGUCGACUCUUUGGGGCCGUCGUGAUCUGCUGUUACAAGAUGGUGCAGACGGAACUGUAUAGGCCUGCCUUGGAGCCCCAGGACUAUGAGAUGGUCGAGUUCUUCAUCAAGAGGUUCAAACUCUGGAUGGGAAUUAGCAAGACCAAAGAGUUUCGCCACAAAGUGAAGUUUGAAGGAAUCGAGUCUCUCCCUUCAAGAUCAUCCCAGAAUUCCAAAACAUCUCCAACUCUGACCGACACCUCAGAGGAGCCCCGCACAGGUUCGGCCAUUUCUUCGGGUUCGGAGGAUUCCAUCCUCAUGGAGAGCAGCCAGUCGGCGGCCUAUGAUGUGCAGGUCUACCUGGAGCGUCUCCUCCCUACCGUCAACAGCCUGCUGACGCAGUUUGACCGUGUCAAUAAGGUCACCGACGACCUCCUAGAGAUCGAGAGCGAUCUGCAGAGGGUUCAGCGUAUGGCCACGGAAAAAAGAAGGAAGAGACGGGGCUGGCAACGGAUGAGGAAUGAGGAAAGGCCACCUUCCGUCUCCAUUCCCUCACCGUCACCUUCCCCGGCAACGUUUUCAAGCAGAGCUCCCGUUCCGUUUCCCCGUAGCCAUACCACAUUUCCCGAGUCCCCUCUUCUCCAUCCUCUCCCUCUUCAACAGCAAACGGGUGGCUUUUUGGGAAUCGAGAGCUGCAGGGAUGCUCUCGUGCCACCGUCACCGUCGUCAGCUGCGGCAGAGAGCAGACUAGGCCGAGCUCCGCGCAGAAGAGCCUGGUAUUCUGGCCCUCCGCUCUCAGCAGAUUUUAGCCAGAGGACUCUUCCGACUGUCGUGAGCAAAAAUGGGGACCGGCCAAAGAGUGAAGAAGGCAAGGGGAGACGCAACGUGGACCACGCGCCGGUGAAGCGGAGAGCCUGGCAUAAUGAAGGCUCUUAAAAGAGCUUUAGUCUUUGCAAGCAGAGAUCCGUCGGCCUACCGAAAGCAAAAUGAAGUCCGUCAACCUAUGACAGAGGCCAAAGCGGAGAGUUUAGAUUAUGGCCAACUGUAGCCGAUUCAUAGGAGUAAACAGAACUGAAAAGUGCGGCACCUACUGUAAACCACUUGACGGAAUUUGAUUUUUCUUUUGUCUCCUCUUUGUGUAAAACUUGCACGGAUGAAAACAAAUGUUCCUGAAAACAAUUAUUUCGGAAGGUGAAGGAUUUAGGAAUCUGUGGCCGACAACUGACGUCAAGGCAUCGUUUUUAGUCCACAAAUCAGACCCGUCACCCAUGACCGGCGUUUCGAAGGUCUACUAGUGGGGACAGAGGAAGUGGCAUGAAAGUCCUUCAAGGAUGUUGUGGAAAACUUCAGAGCAGCAAACUGAAGUACAUCUAACAUGCGUCAAGUAUACGGUGACCAGUAGGGGGUGUUGCAGCACCACCACACAAAUCCCGGUACAAUCAAAGGUUUAUUGUUACAAACCCCUUACAGAAAAGGCUUCUUUAAUAAACACAGUGCAGUUCUUC